AUGGAGGUAUUGUCUGAUCAUCCGUACCCCCAAACACCACCAGUCACCCCUAAACACCAACAACCACCCCAAAACACCACCAGUCACCCCCAAACACCAACAAUCACUCCAAACACCACCAGUCACCCCCAAACACGACCAAUCGCACCAAACACCACCAACCACCCCAAAACACCACCAGUCACCCCCAAACACCACCAAUCACACCAAACACCACCAAUCACCCCAAACACCACCACUCACCCCCAAACACCACCAAUCAUACCAAACACCACCAAUCACACCAAGCACCACCAAUCACCCCAAACACCACCAGUCACCCCCAAACACCACCAAUCACACCAAACACCACCACUCACCCCCAAACACCACCAAUCAUACCAAACACCACCAAUCACACCAAGCACCACCAAUCACCCCAAACACCACCACUCACCCCCAAACACCACCAAUCAUACCAAACACCACCAAUCACACCAAGCACCACCAAUCACCCCAAACACCACCACUCACCCCCAAACACCACCAAUCAUACCAAACACCACCAAUCACACCAAGCACCACCAAUCACCCCAAACACCACCAGUCACCCCCAAACACCACCAAUCACACCAAGCACCACCAAUCACCCCAAAACACCACCAAUCACACCCAAACACCACCAAUCACCACAAACACCACCAGUCACCCCAAAACACCACCAAUCACACCAAACACCACCAAUCACGCCCAAACACCAACAAUCACUCCUAA